CGUCUUCCCGCAGCUCUGCGGACAUGGAUGUGUUCCAGAAGGUGGAGAAGAUCGGAGAGGGCACCUACGGGGUGGUGUAUAAGGCCAAGAACAAGGAGACGGGGCAGCUCGUGGCCCUCAAGAAGAUCAGGCUGGAUUUGGAGACCGAGGGGGUCCCCAGCACCGCCAUCAGGGAGAUCUCCCUGCUCAAAGAGCUUAAGCACCCCAACAUUGUCAGGCUGCUGGACGUGGUGCACAGCGAGAAGAAGCUGUACCUGGUGUUUGAGUUCCUCAGCCAGGAUCUGAAGAAGUUCAUGGACUCCACCCCAGUCUCUGAGCUCCCUCUGCACUUGGUCAAGAGUUACCUCUUCCAGCUGCUGCAGGGGGUGAAUUUCUGCCACUCGCACCGGGUCAUCCACCGAGACCUGAAGCCCCAGAAUCUGCUCAUCAAUGAGUUGGGUGCCAUCAAGCUGGCUGACUUUGGACUGGCUCGAGCCUUUGGAGUGCCUCUGCGCACCUACACCCACGAGGUGGUGACACUCUGGUAUCGUGCCCCUGAGAUUCUCUUGGGCAGCAAGUUCUAUUCGACAGCUGUAGACAUCUGGAGCACUGGUUGCAUCUUUGCAGAGAUGGUGACCUGCAAGGCUCUGUUUCCUGGUGACUCUGAGAUUGACCAGCUCUUUCGAAUCUUUCGGACCCUGGGGACACCCUGUGAAGCCACGUGGCCAGGAGUCACCCAGCUGCCUGAUUAUAAGGGCAGCUUCCCCAAGUGGACCAGGAAGGGGCUGGAGGAUGUUGUGCCCAAUCUGGAGCCGGAGGGCAAGGACCUGCUCAUGCAACUCCUGCAGUACGACCCCGGCCAGCGGAUCUCAGCCAAGGGCGCCCUUGCCCACCCGUACUUCUUGUCCACCCGGACCUCCCCGUCCCCCCAUCAGUGUGUGCUGGAGCAUUUUUGCCGCUGA